GUAAAAGCACAACGAUUUCCAUUUCUCACACUUUCACAAACUCAAAAUACAGAAAAAUAAAAUUUAGAAAAAUUCAAAGAUAGAGAGAGAGAGAGGAGAGAUUCUGGAAAUCACUCUGUUCCAGAGUUUCUCGUUGUAAUUCAUUGAUUUUCUUAUAAAUUUUGAAUUUCUGAGAUCACUGCUAGUAACCGAUCUUGUCAUCAUCUUCUUUGUUUUCACGUCUGGCAGGUAUUGAAAUGCGCAAAAAAAUAGCAAAGCCGGGGAUCAUUAGAAAAGCUACUCGCCAUGGUUUAUAUGGUUUCUGCUUAUAGUCUGUUAAAUUUUGGAGAGAAGUUUUAGGUUUUGUUGUGGAGUGCUCUGAUUACAAACAUGGGUUACAACUGCGAUUUCUGUGCCCAUCAAAGGCCGGUGGUAUAUUGCCGGUCCGAUGCUGCCUGUUUAUGUUUAUCAUGUGAUCGAAAUGUCCAUUCUGCUAAUGCACUGUCAAGACGCCAUUCGAGAACACUAUUAUGUGAGAGAUGCAAUUCGCAACCUGCUUUUGUUAGAUGCGCGGAGGAAAGGGUUUCCCUAUGCAAGAACUGUGAUUGGAUAUGUCAUGGUACCUCUACCUCGAAUUUGACACAUAACAGGCAAACAAUUAAUAGUUACUCUGGUUGUCCAUCAUCCGCCGAACUUUCUUCCUUAUGGCCAUUCUUUUGGCAGUCCCCUUCACCGGCUGAUUCUACUGGUGAGCAGGAAGUAGGUCUAAUGAGCAUCCCUGAGAAUAUGGAAAGGACUUCCUGGAGCCCUACAAGAAACACCAUUAGCCAGAAUCAGAAUAAUAAUGGUGUUGCAGAAGUCAACAAUGAAAAUAAUGCAGACAUGGGAAGUGGUUGGGAUGCCUCUUCUUCAAUUCCGGAAAUAAGAUCACCACCACGAGCUCUAGAUCAGCCAGCUGGAUUAACUGAUACGUCAUUGCCCAAGUUAUCUUUCCCUCCAACAAAUCAUCCUUCACUUUGUGAAAAUGAUCUCUGCGAUGACUUCAACAUGGAUGACGUUGAUCUGAACCUUGAAAAAUAUGAAGAACUCUUUGGAGAAACUCUCGAUCACUCUGAAGAACUGUUUGGGAAUGGUGGAAUUGAUAGCUUAUUCAGGAUGAAAGACAUGUCUGCUGCUGAUUCCAACUGUCGGGAUGAUGUGGCUGCUGAGGGCUCAUCUAUUGGUCUGGUCAACACAGUCCAACCCACAUGCAGCAAUGGGGCAUCUGCUGAUUCCAUGAUGAGCAAUAAAACCGAUUCAAUUCUUUAUUUUGCCGGAAGGCAGGCUCAUUCAAGCCUAUCAUUUUCUGGCCUUACCGGAGAGAGUAGCAGAGGAGAUUACCAAGAUUGUGGAGCUUCACCAAUGCUUCUCAUGGCAGAGCCUCCCUGGUGUCCUCCAUGUACUGAGAACACCUUCCAAUCAUCUACUCGAAGCAAUGCUGUAAUGCGUUACAAGGAAAAGAAGAAGACACGGAAGUUUGAGAAGCGAGUGAGAUAUGCAUCUCGCAAAGCAAGGGCAGAUGUGAGAAAGCGUGUGAAGGGACGCUUUGUGAAAGCCGGUGAUGCCUACGACUAUGAUCCAUUGGUACGAUUCUUUUAACCAUGCUUUGUUAGUUGGAAUGAAUCGGUUUAUUUCGAACUAAUUAAAGUGACGGGCUGUGUGGUUGUAUUACGGCGCUGUCGGUUUUUAUCAACACAAAAGCACCAUGAAUAAAUCCCAAGGCCUAGUUCUUUGUCACCAUAAAAAAAAACAUAUCAAUUGAUCGUUAGAUCAGUCGCCUGCUCGGUUCUUUUGUAUGGACAGGAGGACGGAUGCUCACUGUUGUCCUCCGAGCCAUAUUUAUGCUCAGUGUUGGUUCUGUUGACAAUAAUAUCUACCUUCAGCUGGUUCCCAACGCUUUUAUAAAAGCCGCUGCUGCGGCCGCCAUCGGAAUUUGACAUUCUAAGUUGGCCGGACUUACAAUGUCGAGUCACGGGCAAAAGCAUGCAGCAGCUUUAAUUUUGAUCUUCGUUUCUAUUGUUCUUUUCUUCCCUUUUCUAUUUAAAUGUAUAGCAAAGAUCUUGGUUUGUAUGAGCAGUUGAGAGUAUUAAUG